AUGCAAUCGGCUAUGGAGGGACCGCUGUCUCGUCACGCGGUGUCUCCUAGUCCCUCUCCCUUCCCCUCCUUGCCAUUUCUUACAGACGCCUACCUCCCAGGGCACCACGCUGUAGCUACGGCAGCGCACCAGCAGCAGCCCCUGCUGUUGCUGCAGAGCAACUCGCUGGAGCAAGGCGCAACCCCCGCCGCGACAGACAGGCUUUCUGCUAGUGCAGAAAGCUGGUGCGAUCCUAGUGGCGCCGCUGCGCUCCAUCUUCUGGGGGGCCCUCGAGAUGGAGAUGGCGCGGGGGAGCUCCUCUCGGGAGUACAGGACCCUACGCCUUUCGCAGCCUCCUGCUUUGGCUCUUACCUUUGCUCUCCUUAUAUAGAAUCUCCCCAGGGGCCAGAGGGCCCCUCCGGCCCCGAGGGGCCCCCAGGUUCAACGUGUCGGUCUUUUUCGCCUCUCAAUUUGGCUGCAACUCCUGAUAGUGCAAGCAGCAAUUUUGUCGGAGCUGUUCCAUCCGGGGGGUUCUCGCUCUACUAUGGACCCUCUUUCCCCUUUUCGCUGCCAAAUCCUCUGGCUUGUGGUGUCGCACAAGACGGAUCAUUGGGAACCUUCGGCACAAUAACAAGUACUCCUCCGCAGCAGAACACAACGCAAGAGACACAGGGAUUUGCGUCUGAUUAUGACAGACUCACGAGGGAACUUGGCAGGUUUUGUGCGUCUCUGCGAGAUAUUGUGACCGAUAAUCCGUCCUCUGCCGAGCUGAACUCAACGCUUGAGACGGCAAUUGGCUCUGCUGACCAAGUUUCUCGAGUGCAGCGAAAGCUGCUGCUUUCUGGCCGUCAGCAGCAGCAUUUGGUAGCUGACAGCAAGUUAAUUCAUUCUAAGGUGUACAUGUUGCACCGCAUUCUGCAAAAGACAGCACCCCGAUACAGCCAGUUGCUCGCGGAGCAUCCGCACCUUCAAAAUCACAUUGAGCAGCUCGAACACCAUCAUAGGGAUCCUGUGGGAUAUGCGGCGUGUGUCGGGAGUGGAAGUAUCACCGGCAGCGUCCAAAACUGUACCAUGAGCCACCGCAACAACAGCAGCAUCAGCACCAACAGGCGUCGUAGUGUUCGUCAAUAUAAACGGCAGCAAACCGCAUCGCCUCAUGACUUCUCAGAGGGAAUGCUGCUACCAACUAUCAAGACCGAGCCAACAUCAAGUUGCGCUUGA